CCUUUGCUCUCUCUUGCUCCUGGACCGACCAUGGCUUCAACUACUGACCCUUGCUCAUUUUCAUCCUUCUCUAAAUGCGUUACCAAGCACCUGAAUCUCAAUUAUCAUGUGGAUUUUGACAGCCAUGUCCUUAAAUCUAAGGUCGCGCUCACUGUGGAGGUUCUCGAGGACAAUUUCACGACUUUGACCCUUGAUACAAAGGACCUGAAGGUGGCGGAAGUAACAGCCAAUGGACAGGCAGCAAAGUUCACCCUAGGUCCCAAGCACAGCUUCAAGGGGACCCCUCUGGAGAUCACACUGCCCUUUGAGCUCUCUAGGGGUCAGCAUGUGAUUGUGGAGGUGACCUAUGAGACGGCUCCUAAUGCUUCUGCGCUGCAAUGGCUCACUCCAGAACAGACAGCAGGGAAGAAACAUCCCUACCUCUUCAGCCAGUGCCAGGCCAACCACUGCAGGAGCCUGAUACCCUGCCAGGACACCCCAUCUGUCAAGCACACCUACUAUGCCCAGGUGUCUGUCCCCAAGGAACUGGUGGCAGUGAUGAGUGCUGUACGAGACGGACAGAAACCCGACCCCCAGGACAACGGCAGGGUCAUCUACCACUUCAGACAGCCAGUACCCAUGCCCUCAUACCUCAUUGCCAUCGUAGUGGGAGCUCUGGAGAGCAGAGCGAUUGGGCCCAGAUCUCAUGUUUGGUCAGAGAAAGAGUUUGUGGACAAGGCCGCAUUCGAGUUCUCAGAGACCGAGGUCAUGCUGACGACAGCUGAGGACCUAGCGGGCCCCUACGUUUGGGGCCAGUACGACAUCCUGGUCUUGCCCCCUUCCUUCCCAUAUGGAGGCAUGGAGAACCCCUGCCUCACCUUUGCCACCCCCACACUGCUGGCCGGAGACAGGUCAUUGUCCAAUGUUAUAGCCCAUGAGAUCUCUCACAGCUGGACCGGCAACCUGGUAACCAACAAGACCUGGGAGCACUUCUGGCUCAACGAGGGUCACACGGUGUACCUGGAGAGAAUGAUCGGCAGGUCUAUGGAGAGUGAAAAGUUCAGACAGUUCAAAGCCUUGGGUGGCUGGAAGGAACUGCAGGAAUCGGUGAAUACGUUUGGGGCCAACAACCCUCUGACUAACCUGGUUCCCGACCUCACCGACGUGGACCCAGACGACUCCUUCUCCUCUGUCCCCUACGAGAAGGGCUUCGCUCUGCUCUACCACCUGGAGGAGCUCAUGGGAGGACCUGAGAUCUUCAUGGGGUUCGUCAAGUCAUACAUCCAGAGGUAUGCUUACAGCAGUGUCACCACAGAGGAGUGGAAGGCCUACCUCUUCACCUACUUCAAGGAGAAGGUAGACAUCCUGAAUAAUGUGGACUGGACUGCCUGGAUGUACACCCCAGGCAUGCCCCCUGUAAAACCACAGUACGACACCACCUUGGCAGAUGCCUGCAUCGCACUGUGCAAGAGGUGGCUGAAGGCCACAGAAGGGGAUCUGGGAUGUUUCAGUGAGGCGGAUGUGAAGACUCUCUCCACUCACCAGCUCAUAGAGUUCCUAUCCCUGCUCUUGCAAGAGGAGCCCCUCCCCCUCAGCCACGUGAAGAGGAUGCAGGAAGUGUACAAUCUUAAUUCGUUACAAAACUCUGAGAUCCGUUUCAGGUGGCUGCGGCUUUGUGUCCGGUCCAAGUGGGAGGAUGCUGUGGUCAUGGCGCUGAAAAUGGCAACAGAACAGGGGAGGAUGAAGUUUACACGGCCACUUUUCAGAGAGGUGUAUAACUUUGAAAAGUAUCGUGAGAAAGCAGUGUGUGUGUUCAAAGCCCGCCGUGCAGCCAUGCACCCCGUCACGGCUAGUCUGGUGGCCAAGGAUCUGAAGGUAGACGACAGCCAAAGCACCGGAUUGUAAAGGGACCCCAGCAGCCCCUCCCCCAACAGCACUCUUCGGCGGGCAUUAUCACUGGGACACAUCACACCACAUAUCCCAAAAUGGAGGAAACUACCGGGAAGCUCCAGUCAAAACCCACUUGUUGUAACUGUCCCUAGUUUGCUCUACAGUUACUCCGAAUUGGCUUGUUUCCAUUUGGUUGUUUUAACUCAGGGUUUGUGCUACAUCAAGGUGUUUGUUUUAGCGCAGAGAAAAGAACAAACUUUUUCGAUAUAUAUUUUUUUUUUAAAGGAACUCCAUUUCAAACAAAUCUCAUCCAUAAUGAGAUAAAAUCUCAUCCAUAAUGUCAAACCAGAAUCUGUGCAUUUUAAUAAAAACAAUCUAAUCCUUA